CAUAAUCAAAUAUGGCGGAGAAGAAUUUCAAAAACGACUUGAAUGAAAAAGAGCAAGAGGUAUUACAACUUUUUCUUACAACUACAAACACAGAUAUGUUUAAGAGAGGCUUUCCACCUAUAAGUACAGCACUUGCCCUUAGAUUUCUUAUGGCGAGAAAGUUUGACCAUGAACGAGCAUCAAGACUGUUCCAAAAUCACUUGAAACUUCGCCAUGAGUACAACAUGGCCUUGAUCCAACCAUUAGAUGAACCAUUAUCCAUGGAGUUGCUCAGUGGAAAACUAACAGUUCUUGCUAGACCAGAAGAAGAUGAGCCAAGCAUAGUUUUGGUCAGCACUAAACAAUACUUUCCCAGCAAACAGGACAAUGAAAUCAUAAUCCAAUCGAUGAUAUUCCAACUGGACGAGGCUCUUAGAGAUACUACGGCACAACGAAACGGCCUUGUCAUCAUUUACAACAUGGUCAAUUCCCGGAGAGAAAAUUUCAACUACAAACUCGGUUUGAAGAUAUUGCACUUGUUUGUGGACUCAUAUCCUGCUCGUUUGAAGAAAAUUUUCAUCAUCUCCGCUCCUGUAUGGUUCAAAAUCUCCUUUAAAGUAACGUCGGCAUUUCUAAAGGAGAAAAUUCGCGAACGUGUUCAGUUUGCCGACGAGCAGAACAAGGAACAUCUACGACCAGAGUGUAUACCUAUGGAUCUCGGGGGAUCUUGGGAUGUUGAUCACGCGUGGAUGUCGCGCUGCAUCAGUUCGUACAAAGAGGGAAACUACGAUGAACCGUGUUUCCAAAUGACAGGAGAGUUAAAUAUUAACGAUGAUAUAAAAGAAAAACAACAAUCAAAUAAUGAAAGUGAUACGCGCCAUUGUGAACAGUCAUCUAACACCGACAAACCGCCACCGAAGGAACGUUUGCCAAAUACCAUGAUGGUAUCAGAAUUGCUGGCUCACAUGCGGGAAAAAGGGCCAACUGGGUUGAAGGAGGAAUUUGAAUCACUACCAAAAUAUGAUAGUAAAGCCUCCUUUGACGUUUUCAAAAUGCCUCACAACAGGAACAAGAAUCGUUAUAUUGACGUGAUAUGUUUGGAUAAUUCAAGAGUUCAAAUUCCUCCCGUCGAUGGGGACAUGACAACGGAUUACAUUCACGCAAAUUAUGUGGAUGGUUUUCAUGGAACGAAUUCUUACAUUGCUGCCCAAGGUCCCAUGCCUCAAACAUUCAAUGAUUUCUGGCAAAUGAUUUGGGUGACAGGAAGUGAAGUAAUAAUUAUGCUUACAAAGGAAAUACAAAGAGGUCGUGUCAAAUGUGGUCGUUAUUGGCCUGAGCUCGGAGCCUUCAAAGAAUAUCGUCACAUCGAAGUCAGCUGUUUGGAAGAAAUUGGACGGGAUCAUUUUGUAACGCGGAAGCUAUUGGUUAAUAACUCUACGACGGGCGAAUCGAGAACAGUCAAUCAUUUUCAGAUGAUUAGCUGGCCAGAUUUUGGCGUGCCCGACUCGGCUGAACCCAUAUUUCAGCUUAAAUCAAGUGUUGAUAAUUUACACUCCCCUUCUCUUACGAAACGUGCACCGAUUUUGGUUCACUGCUCGGCUGGUAUUGGGAGGACUGGGAGCUACAUCACUAUAAGUGCUGGUAUUGAUUCUUUAAUUAACACGUCCAUGUGUAAUGUUCAAGAUACAGUUAAAAAUAUGCGCGCGCAACGGGCUUUGAGCGUACAGACUGCUGACCAAUAUGAACUGUGUUACACAGCGCUAUUAGAGUUUGCGGCUCUUCACGUGACCAGUAUUGAUCCACGUGAAAAAAUUGACAUUCUCGAAUUUUUAAAUGAUUGGAAACAAUCUAACGAAUCGAAUAACUUUCAGUAGGCAGUAAAACAGUGAAACACUGUAACUGCCUCAAGUUAUUCGUACGUUUGAAAGAUUGAAAGAAAUGGAAAUACUAUUUUAAGACAAGAGAGCGUUUUCUUAUAAUCUUCUAAGU